AGAUAUACAUACGUAAUGAUAUAUUUCUAUUUCAGAACAUAAUAUUGUACAUACAUCGAAUUAUAUUAUAUAUUAUACAAUAUGUAAUGUUACAUAUUAACUUGUCUAUGAUACGUGACCACGUGGGAAUUCAUGAACACAUCGUUUACAGUAGUGAUCGUAUCAUAGUAUUCACACACAAGCUUGAUACACGUGCUUUAUGUUGAGAGUCGAAAACACGUUAAUUAUUAUCAGUCGAUCAUAUAAAUUACAUUUAUUUACAUUAAGAUGCCUUCUAUAAACGAAGAUAACCAAAAAGAGCAAGCUUCAUAUGAAAAUGAUGAUAUAAUACGGGAUGAAACUGAACUUUAUCCAGAAAGAAAAGGAUCACAACCUCGGAGUUUAAUGAAUAGAAUUUUUCGUAUCGAAGAACGUAAAGCAGUGAAUAAGUUGAAGUGUGAAAUGAAUGUUUAUAAGUGCAUGAAAGAGAGUGCUCUUGUUAAACUCAUGAUGGCAGCUUUAAAAAGUUCUGGAUGUGAAAUUGAUCUUCGCCGACAUAUUUCUUGUGAAAUUUGUGAUACAAAAGUGACAGGUGGAUAUGAUCCCCACUUAAAUCAGAUUGUAGUUUGUCAUAAUACUGCCCCAUCUCAAAGACUAGUGCAAGGUGUUUUAGCUCACGAAAUGAUUCAUAUGUUUGAUUUCUGCCGUCACAAUUUGGAUCCGAAAAAUAUUGACCACCUAGCUUGCACAGAAAUCAGAGCAGCCAAUUUAUGUCAUUGCAGUUUUCUAGGUGCAUGGGUACAAGGACUGGCUUCACCCUUUAACGUUAAGGAAGCACAUCAGAUUUGUGUCAAGGACAAGGCUAUUAAAUCGAUACUUUCAACACGAAAAGUUUCGGAAAGUGAGGCUCAAGAAGCUGUGGAUCGAGUUUUCAAAAGAUGUUAUAAUGAUUUGGAGCCCGUUGGAAGACGACUUCGUAGGAAUUCGGAGGAUAUGGAAAAAGCUUACGCGGAAGGUGCGUUUUACGGAUAUAUAUAGACUAAUCCGUAUCAUUUACAACGAUAUAGUAGCGCAAACAACUGUAUUAUAAUUUUUACCAAAUGAUUCCAAACUUAAUGUCGCUCCAUAAUUCAAUAAAAUAUAUAAAACCAA